AUGGCCUACUACGAUGAUCGCCGCUACGAUAGUUAUGAUAAGCCCCGCGACCGUGGUCGCCCAUCCGGCGGCUAUUCCGCAGAUUACCCCGAUGACCAUCCGCGCACUCACUAUGCUCGGCACGAGCGCGCAACGUACCGUGGUAGCGAUGGCUCCAUCGAAGAAAUCCAGCGGGACUUCCCGCCAGGAGGUGAAUAUUUCUAUGAACGCGGCUACAACUCACGGCGUACCCGGCAACCCGCCUAUGAGACUGUGCGCCGGGCGUCCUCGGUCAGCGGCUACGACCCGUACUACGACGACAGAUCGCAUCGUUCUCGACGCUCCAGACACUACUAUGAUGACCGCCGUCCCCACCGCUCCAGGUACUCUUCUGACGGUUCCAGAAGCCCGUCGCCGCGGCGCCACUCGCGCCGUAAGUCGCUGGGAGAAACCGCCCUCGGUGCCCUAGGCCUCGGUGCAUUGGCAUCCAAACAUGAUGACCAGUCAGAUCGUUCCCGCCAUGAUCGGGGCCGCUCGCAGUCCCGGCGCCGCGGCCGGUCUUACUCAUCUUCGCGAUCUCGUAGCCGCAGCCGUGACCGCAACCGCGACCGCUCGAAGCGGGAGCGUAGCGAGCAGCGGAUCGCCCAAGCUGCGAAGGCUGGCCUGACGGCAGCGGUACUGACCGCUUGGCGCGAGCGCAAGGGAGAAGGUGAGUGGACGGGCGCAAGGGGCAAGCGGGUCUUAACGGCGGCCAUCACGGCUGCGGGUGCAGAUGGGCUUGUAGACAAAGACCCCAACAAGCACGCCGGUCGCAAUGUCAUGGGCUCCGCGCUCGCUGGUCUGGCGGCUAAUCACUUCCUGAACGGCCCAAGCAAAAAGAGCGACGGCCAGUCUGGUGGCAGUGGCUUCAAAGACCUUGCAGCGAGCGGCGCUCUGGCGGCUGCGGGUAAAGAGAUCUAUGACCGAUUCUCGCGGUCUCGAUCCCGGCCUCGUGGCCGAGACGAGGACCGUGCCGGCAGUGACGACGAGCGCCACGGUUCCAGCAAGCGUAGCAAGAGCGUCUCCGACUACAUCGGUAAAGGUAUGGCAGCCCUGGGGCUCCACGAGAACUCUGAGCACGAACGAGACCGAAGCCGAGGCCGAGACGACCGUAGCCACAGCCGCAGCCGGCAUGAUCGUUAUGACCGAGACGGACGUCGCCGACGGGACCGCGAUUCCCGCCAUGACGGAUAUUCUGACUCUGACUCCGACACGGAAUACCGCAGCAGAGAUCGCAGGCGAGGUAGAAGUUCGAGAGAUGUAGGUCGAUAUCGUUCCAUGAACGACACCAGAACAUCCCUCCCCUAUACACCGGCCAGCACCCCGCGCGGUGGCGGCGAGAGAGGCGUCGCAUCCACCAGACAGGGCUCAAGGUCUAGCUCCGAGAGUGAUUCUGACUUGGGCGACAGUUCUGAUGAAAAGAAACAACGGAAGAAAAUGAAGCGGGACAUGCUGCUCACCGGCGGUCUCGCCGCCGUAACCACCAUCCACGCCGCGCACACGGUGCACGGCGGUAUCACGGGCCGUAAGAAACGCAUGCAGCAACUCAGGAAUAAUGAGAUCACCCCCGAGGAGGCCCGCCGCGCCCGCCGCAAAUCCAACCUUCGUGAUCUGAUGAGUAUCGGUCUCGCUGGCAUCGGCAUGAAGGCCGCGUACAGGGAGUGGAACGAAGUCAACUCCAAGCGAAAGGAAUCCGCCACGUAUCGAGAGCAAUGUGCUCAGCGCGCCAUCCGUCGCGAGCGACGUCGGGCCCAGAGCCAGGGUGCUUUGCCGUCUCGGCGUCGGUGGCCCGAUGAGAUCGAAUACCCGCCUUCAGUCCACGAGUCAACUCAUACCCAGACUCAUGCCCACGGCUUCACGUACCACGACGGGAACCCGUAUGGAGCUACUAUCGGGCAGCGUCCAGCAAUCUCUUAUUAG